AUGAUAUUAUAGUAGAAAUAAGCUUUGAAUGAUAAUAAUCUGCACUCUCUAAUUUAUAAAGGAGAAACUUGUAAACAAUCUUGAUUCAUUUCUAGUUCAUCAGGUAUGCAUAUAUUGGACACACUAUCGAUUGCAAAUUAUCACAGUCCAGAUCCAUAAAUCAAGGACCAUUUAUUGAAAAUAGCUAGAGAACUUUAUAAGGAUGACUAAGAAUUACCAAAAUUGAUGUAAAGAUAUGAAUUAUCUAUUGCCAUUCUAGAAAAAGAAUCAUUCAAUGUUAAAGUAUUAUUUCAGCUUAAUUAGUAAUACUUAUCACUGUAUGCAACAGUAAUGAAAACCAAAAUUAAGGAAUUUUACACAAACUAAAAGUUUUAGUUAUUUUGUAAUGUCUAUAUUCCACCAAAAUUUGCUAGAACAAUAAAUAUUUUUUGUUAUAGUCCUUCACUUACUGGUUAUGUUGCCCUUGUUAAAACUGAUUAGAUGACUAGUUUAAUUGCAAUGGAGUAAAUGUUAUCUCAAAUUGAUAAUAAAGAAUAGGAAAAUUAUUACACAUUUGAUGAAUUAUUUGAAGAUGUAUAUAUACAUUCAUUUUAGAAUUCUAUUCCAAUUAUCAAUAUGACUCCUGAAAAAGAACAAUAGAAAACAGUGAUCAAAAGACAUAAAAAGUCUUUAUCAGAACAUUAAAUGUUUGAUUUUCAAAGAGAAUAAAAAUAAGCUUAGAUUUUAGCAUAAAUGCAAUCUAUAAAUUAAGAUAAAGCUUGUAAUUUAAUAUUUGAGAUAUAGUUUAUUUUUCUUAGGCAAAACCACAAUAGUUUCUUUAGGAUGACUAUCAAUUCCCUUCUUUAGAUUAGUUAAACUCAAAUAAAAGUGAUAAUGCAAAUAUAGAUGAAUAAAGAAAGCGUUAGACAUACAUAAAUCAAUUUGAUUAGCAACUAUCAUAAGAUAUUUAUUAGUAGAAAUUAGAAGAAGCAACACUUGACCCUGAUGAUUUUGAUAUAUUUCCUCCUUUAGAAUUGAAUUCAUUAAUAAGUUAUCCACAAUUAAAUAAGUUAUAACAAACUGAUUUAAAGAAGUAAAUGGCAAAUCCAAUCUACACAGGGAGAUUAAAGUUUUUUGAUGAAUAAAAAAAUUAUGGAUUUAUUGUUAUGGAUGAGGAUAAAUCUGAUAUUUUUGUUCAUUUAGAUGAUUUAUAAAAGGCUGGAGUGACAAAAGAAGUCUUAAAAACUGCAAAAUUAGGGUCUUUAAUUAGGUAUUUUUAAAGGUUAAAAUUAGAUUUUAAUUUAAUUGUAUGGUAUAUGUUGGAAAGUACAAGAAAUCUAGAAAGGCUGUAGAAUUGAAAUUACUAAGCAAUUAAUAAGCAAACAUUUUCAAAGCAUAUUAAUGA